UCAUUCAGCACAAGUAGAGCGUGUGGGCAGUUCCUCCCCAGGCGAGCAGUCGGACAGGUCCUGGAACUUCAGAGUUAGAAGCUGAGGAAAUAUCUGGGAGUGGACGAUGAUCGGGAAAUCUUACUUCCUCUUGUCACUUCUCCAAGUUGGACUACCACAAGUGGGGAAAGGCGACACUCAACAAGAGGUGACAGCGCAGAAAGGUUCGUGUGUACAGAUUCCAUGUCAUUAUAGCUACCCAUCACAUUUAGUAGCGAGAUCACAUGUUGGAAUCUGGUAUAUGAGAAGGAUUGGGGAAACAUGGAAUGAAUGGUCCAUAGCCUUUCACUCCGAGGAUCAUAAUCACGAGUUACCACAGUUCCUCCAUCGGACCCGGCUGUCUGGAGACCUGAAAGAUGGCGACUGUUCCCUGAUUAUAAACAACAUCAGAUGGGAAGAUGAAGGAUAUUAUUUAUUCAGAACAGAUUUUGACAAUGGUCCGAGCCAUAACUAUUACCCUGUAACCCAGCUUCAUGUUUCUGUUGGACUGUCACAAGAGUGGAAAGGUGACAUUCCACGAAAGGUGACAGCACAGGAAGGUUCGUGUGUACAGAUUCCAUGUCAUUACAGUUAUCCUUCGUGUCUGGAAAACCAACCGCGAGGUGGAGUCUGGUUUAGUAACGAGAAACAGAUUCCCUGGGCUCCCAUUGCCUUUCACUCCAAGGAUCACAAUCGCGAGUUACCACGGUUCCACCAUCGGACCCGGCUGUCUGGAGACCUGAAAGAUGGUGACUGUUCCCUGAUUAUAAACAACAUCAGACGGGAUGAUGCAGGACCUUAUAUUUUCAGAAUAGAAUUUGACAAUGGUCCGAGCCAUAACUAUUACCCUGUAACCCAGCUUCACGUUUCUGAUCUCACAGAUAAACCCAUGAUAUUCCCUGCUGAAAUUAUUGCAGGAAAGCGUGUGGAUGUAAGCUGCACCUUCAACACAACUUGCAAUGGAACAGCAGCACCUGUCUUAACCUGGGACACUCCCACUGACGUACCUGGAUCAGUCUCAAACACUGUAACUCAGCAUGGUGUCACUCUGACCUAUACUUCUGUUCUGACCCUGAUCCCAUCACUCAAACACCACGGACACAAUCUCAGCUGCAGAGUGAGAUAUCCAUCUGUUUCAUCGGAGCGGUCCCUCGUACUAACUGUGCAAG